AUGGAACUCUCGAGUGUGUCUCUGUCUCCGUCCAUGCAAGGAUUGGUGGACACGUCCAAGAAAAUCUACCAUGACAAACUACAUGAUGUAAAAUCGAAAGACGCGAAGCAGGCGUGGGUGGUGACGGCGCCAGGACGAGUCAAUCUGAUUGGAGAACACACGGACUAUACUCAAGGCUUUGUGUUUCCCUUGGCCAUUGAGUAUUCUACCGUCGUCUAUGGCACGGGCAGUCUAGUCAUCAACAAGAACGCUGAAGAAGUCUCCAAAGCCAAUUUGAAAUUUGCCAGUGCGACCAAUCCUGACAAAGUGGAACAAGUCUCCAUUGAUGUCAAUACACAACCUCCCAAAGAAGCAGGUUCCUGGACGUGGUAUGUGGCCGGCACGGUGGCCCAGUACUUGAUGAAGGAUCUUCCCAAACAAGGUGCCGUUUUGGAUGCCACAUUUGCCAUUGCCGGAAAUGUUCCUUUGGGAUCGGGAUUGAGUUCCAGUGCGUCCCUCGAAGUCGCCGUGGCACAAUUCAUCGAAUGCAUUCUGGGGCCCGAACAUGCCUUUUCGUCAGAACCACCAGGAGCAUUGCCCGCCAAAAUUAGAGCCAUCCGCUGUCAAAAGGCCGAAAAUGAAUGGUGUCAAUCGCCGUGUGGAAUCAUGGACCAAUACUGCAGCAGUGCUGCUUCGUCCACCCAAAAAGGGACGCUGCUCUGCAUUGAUUGUCGGACCAAUGACUUUGAGGUCGUGCAAAUGAAACAAGAUCCAGACAAUCCCGUCGCAUUGAUCGUCGCCAACAGUGCCGUUACACACUCCAUUGGGGGUGGAGAAUACCCCAUUCGAGUACAGCAAUGCAAAGAGGCUACACAGAUUUUGCAAAAGGUGCACGGUGAUCGCAUCCAGACGCUGCGAGAUGCCACGGUAGAAGAUGUACUCAAGUGUCAAAAGCAAAUGGACGACGUCAUUUACCGACGGGCACGACAUGUUGUCACGGAAAAUGCUCGUGUCAUUGCCACCAAGACCGCACUGGAAGAGGGCGAUUGGAAGAUUGUGGGACAACAAAUGAAUCUCUCCCAUCUCAGUAUGCAAAAAGACUACGAGACGAGUUGUGAAGAAGUGGAUAUACUCGUGGACUUGGCACAAAAAUACAAAGGAGUCUAUGGCAGUCGAUUGACCGGUGGUGGCUUUGGUGGAUGUUGUGUCACUCUGGUGGCCAAGGAAAAUGCAAAGGGAUUGAUGGAACACUUGCAAAAGGAGUACCAAGCCAAAGUAGGAAAGGAUUGUACUCCCUUUGAGACCACGCCAGCACCAGGUGCGCGAGUGUUGGCUAUUGACACAUUUUAG